CUUGCUGCGGGGCGGGCGGGAGCGGCCGUUGGUGGCGGGAAGCUGCGCGGGUCGGACGCGGUUUGGUGCGGCACUAUGAGUAGUGCACAGACAGAAGAUGAAAUAACACUCUUUGAAAGAGAUAUGAAAGAGUUUUGGAUCCAGUUUAAAAUCAGUUAUAGCACUGAACAGAUCAAUCAGACUUCAGCACUGAGAGAUCUGUGCAAGGAGACUAUAGAAGCUCUUUCAGAGAAAUGGUCAAAGAAGCUGAAAGAAGAGGACUUGAUGAUUGACAAAAUUCAGGAGUAUAACAAUGAGAUUGUCCAGCAGAGCAAAUAUGUAGCAGAAAAAGAAGAGCAGUUGACAGAAAUAAAAUCGAAGCUAAAUGAAGAAGAAGAGCAGCAGAAAAACUUGACUGACAGCAUCCAAGAGCUUAAAGAAGAGUUGAUGAAGAAAAUGGAAAUAAAAUCUUCUAAAAAGGAAGCCGCCAAGGAGAAAGUGGAACGAGUGAGCAAGAUUAAAGCAUUGUUUAAAGAGCGUCUUGGAUUGGAGAUGCGUAGAAUUCACGACGAGCAAUUACAGUUUAUAUUCAGACACAUUGACCACAAAGAUCCUGACAAGCCAUACAUGUUUACUCUUUCCAUAAAUGACCAAGGGGACUAUGAAGCCAGUUAUACACAAAGAGCAGUAAGAAGGGUAAAGGUGCCAAAUGAUUACACUGCAGUUUUGGAACAGAAUGGCAGCAGAGAAUUACUAAGCACUUCUAUAAUGACAUCUCAGAUCAAACAAAUCCUCAAUUUCUGCUUUGUCCAUAAACCCUGUGUCCUCUCUGAGAAUUCUGUAACUGACAAUGGGACAAAGAGGUAAGGGAUGGGAACCCGACUUCAAGGGUCUCAUUGUUCAUUAGUGGAUUUGCCUCCUUUUCAAUCAUAUUAACAGGAGUAUUUAAGUUGCAGGUAUUUCUUUCAACUAAUUGCUUGUACCACUAAAGAAUGCUGUAGGCACUUUUAUGUAGGUCAGUGGGCUAGCCAGGAGUUAAAAAAAAUUUAUUGAGCCAGCUCUGCACUUCCCACUUGUAUCAUCUCUCCGAGGCAUUACAGCUGCUGUUGGCAUCUCUUCCUUCCUUGUAUAGAAGCCCUUACCUUCCAUGUGAGAAAGCCUAUCCCUUCUGGCUUCUCACUAAUGGCAUUGCCGUCAUAUCCAGCAUGACUAUUCAUUUUGAAGCAUACCCUUGCCCUACCUCACCUGUCUGUGCCAAGCACCUCUGAGCUGCUCUGAAUGUAAGAACUCCAGCAUGCUCAACCAAAUAUUUUACUGCUGUUGUAUGAAAGCAAACAGAGAGGCAGAACACAACCACCUCAUUUCCAUGAUUUCCAAUGGAGCUGUUUAUUCAUUAAGGGUGUACCUAUUGCUCGGACACCCUCUGUACCGUAUGUGAUUUGAUCAUCACAGGAGAAAGAAACUGAACUGCCUUGAGUAAUGAAGACAAAUGUUCAAACUUAGUGCUAUUUUCUUUUCUUGUUAAUCCCAGGCAUGAGUAAUUGGUGACAAAAUGAAUUUGUCAAGAUUGCUGUGCACAGAACAUAAAAUAUGUGACAACUACUUUAUUGGAAUAUACAUUCUUAGAAAUUAUUUGCUAGAGAAUAUGAUGUACCUGGUUGUAAAUGUCCUGUGCCUAUGCCUAAAGCAAAAGCUUGAAAUAUUUAUUGUGUGUAAUUUAAACCUUUUGGAGCUAGAAUAAUGUACCUGCUUGUAUUUGCCAAAGCAAAUCAGAGAGAGAUCUUACUUCCACUAAAACAGAGCCAGGCAUUCCAAAAGUGGGUUAAAGUUAGGAAAGUGUAUACAAUAGAUUUGCUUUUUUACUUACUCUAAAAUACGAGUAAAACUGGCCUGUGACUUCCAUUAAAGAGCCUCGUGCUAGUGAAAGAUCUGUCUUGACAUUUUAAAACCUUUGUGCCUUUAACAAAUGCACUUAGUAGUUCUAGAAUGUCACACACCUGGAUCUGUGGUAAUUUGGAAUUUUCUAUUAUGAAGCUGCACAAUACAGUGAUACCAAAUAAUAGUAAAGACAAUGAGGAUAACACAAUAGACUGACCCAACAGAUACAGCUAUUGGGACCCCAGUGUGCUGGAUAGUACACAAAUACAGACUGAAAUGUCCCAAAGAGCAGAUGGGAAAGCGCUUGAGCUCAAAAGCAAUAUGCGACUUAGGGACUAUAACAACACAAUCAGCUAGUGCUGGUGCUUCUUUUAUUAGCAGGAUCUUAAGGCAGACAUAGAUUCUAAUGAAGGUCAGUAAAGGCUUUUUUCAUAAAUCAGUUUGCCCAAUGCUGAACAUCACUUCCCCUUUCAAAGUGCUGACCCAUAAUUUGCUACCAAGGGUCAAGUCUGAAAUGUGUGGGCCAGGAACUAAUGCUGACAAUACAGCAAAGUGCUGAUGUUUUGGUGCUCAGCACCUCAUCAAAUUUAUCUCAUAGCAUGUUUUAAAAAAUCUGGGGGGAAAGUGUUGAAUUUAUGAGAUUUUGGAAAUACACUGUGAAUUUAAAGGCUGCUAGGAAGACAAAAGAAUACUAAAUGUUAAUAGCAUAUGUAUCAAAUGCAUUUAAUCACUAUUUUUUGUAUGCUAGCAGGAGGUCAAAUUACUGUGAGAGUCCUUCUGGCUAACAGAACAGUUUUUUUACACACCUAUUCAAACAAGAGUUGGAGGUGGUUACUCUUGGACAUUGUUAGAUGUAUUCUGAAAAGCAAACAAGUAUGGGCCACACUUGUGAAAAUCAAAACAGACAUGGAAGUUAUGCUGUGCUUGUGUCAUACUGUCUUCUCUAAUGCUUCAAUAAACUGAAUUUAUUCAGUACCUUAAAA